AUGAUCAAAAAUAAGAUCAUGAUUGAUCUCGCAAACGUGAAGGUCAAGAUUGAAGACGGGGAUCAGGCUUUGUUAUUACCGUGUUCUCUCCUAGAAGCAUACGAGAGUUUCGUGGGCACCAUGCUAUAUGGUUGGACAAGCAUCACCAUAGAAGAUGCCAAGGCAAUGUUGAACUCGAAGGAGUUACAAAAGAAGGUGAUGGAGCACCAUGGAGGCAACAGUGAAAGCCUAGUAGCAAGGGUCAGAUUGAGCGAGAAGGGGACUCAUGGUGAAAUUAUCUUUGAUCCAGAGAUCGAGAAGACCGCAAGGGCGAAUCGGAGAGCCAAAAGGCUAGCCGACGGGCUCGCGGAGCCAACCUCUUCUUUCGACGACAGUGAGAGUGAAGAAGAACAAGAAUUGACUGCAACCACAAUGGCUAGAGAACGAACAUGGAGGGAGCUAGCAGUUCCUGACUUGAACCAACAACCAUUGUGUAUUACAUACCCAGAAACAGAGGCCGCCUUCGAGCUGAAAUCAGGGCUGAUACACCUUCUACCUACCUUCCACGGACUUUCAGGAGAGGACCCACAUAGGCAUCUCAAGGAGUUCCACACCGUGUGCUCCACGAUGAAACCCCGAGGGGUGACAGAGGAGCAGAUUAAGAUGAGAGCUUUUCCUUUUUCCUUAGCUGACAAGGCCAAGGAUUGGCUCUAUUACUUACCGCCGGGGUCUAUCGCUACAUGGAACAAUCUGAAGAGACAAUUUAUCGAAAAAUUCUUCCCAGCUUCGAGGCUAGGCACCAUCAGAAAGCAAAUCGGUGCCAUUCAACAAUUCUCGGGCGAGACGCUAUAUGAAUAUUGGGAGCGGUUUAAUCAACUCUGCGAGAGCUGCCCCAAUCAUCAGAUCUCAGACCAGCUCCUGCUCCAGUAUUUCUAUGAGGGUUUGCUCCCUAUGGAUAGAACCUUAUUAGAGGCAGCAAGUGGAGGAGCAUUAGAGGAUAAAACGUUACGUGAAGCUCGAGAUUUGAUCUCUAGAAUGGCAGCUCAUUCUAAAAAAUUUGGAGGUAGACAAGAUUCAGUUCCCAGUAGAGUGAACGAGGUGGGAAGCUUGAGCCUAGAGGGCCAGAUAUCAGAAUUAACAACUUUGAUGAAGCAAGUGGUAUUGGGCCAAGUACAAAACACCAAGAAAUGCGGCAUAUGCUCCCUCCAAGGCCACGCCACCGACGCUUGCCCACAGCUACAAGAUGAACCUGAUCCGCAAGCAAAUGCCAUUAGCGGGUUCUCAAAUCAGCAAAGGCGGUACGAUCCAUACUCCAAUCAGUACAAUUCGGGAUGGAGAGAUCACCCCAAUUUGAGAUAUGGACAGCAGAAUCAGCAGACACCACCACAAGCUUUCAGAUAUAAGAAACCCGAUCCUCCACAUAACCAGGAAUCAAACUCUUUGACAUCAUUGGAAGACAUCGUCAAGAGCUUAGCAACUAGCACCCUUUCAUUUCAAAAAGAGGCAAGGGCGAGCAUUCAAAAUCUGGAGAAUCAAAUGUCUCAACUCGCCACCACCGCACAAGACAAAAUUAAUGAGGGUGAAACAAAGAAAGAGAAGUCGGUCGACGAGACGAAGGAAGACAUCAUUAACACUCCCAUCCAAAAGAUAGUCAUUCCUCCACCAUUCCCAAGUCGAUUCGCGAGAGCUAAGAAAGAGGAAGCGGAACAAGAAAUUCUCGAGACCUUCCGGAAGGUAGAAGUGAACAUUCCUCUACUCGACGCGAUCAAACAAGUGCCCAGAUAUGCUAAGUUCCUCAAGGAAUUAUGCACCAACAAGAGGAAGCUGAGUAAGGGCGAAAAAAUAAGUGUGGGGGAGAAUGCAUCGGCCGUCAUCCAAAGGAAAUUGCCACAAAAGUGCAAGGAUCCAGGUAUGUUUACCAUUCCAUGCACUAUAGGUGAGAAAAGAAUUAAGAAGGCCAUGCUAGAUCUAGGUGCAUCCAUAAAUGUCAUGCCUUUAUCCAUUUACAGGACUUUGAAUUUAGGGCCUUUGAAGGACACUAAAAUUAUCAUUCAGCUUGCUGAUAGGUCUAAUUCAUACCUAGAGGGAAUGAUUGAAGAUGUGUUAAUUAAGGUCAAUGAAUUCAUCUUUCCCGUAGACUUUUAUAUCAUUGACAUGGGUGACAAGCACAAUUCUAACUCGUCACACAUUUUGCUUGGAAGGCCAUUCAUGAAAACGGCCCGAACAAAAAUCGAUGUGCAUAAUGGGACACUUUCUUUAGAAUUUGAUAAAGAAACGAUUACAUUCAACAUAUUCGAUGCUAUGAGACAUCCAGAUACUUUGGAAUCUAUAUCUUGUGUUGAUGUAAUUGAUUCGUUUGUUCGAGAUGUGGCAGAACAGAUUUUUGUGCAGGAUGAGGUUGAUUGGGCAAUCCAACAAAUCAAGGAUUAUGAUGCCCAAUGGGAAGAAGAUGGAAGAGCACAAGAUUCAAUUCAGCCUUUAAAAUCACUUAUAGAUGUGUCGAGAAGGUUUGAAAGUUCAGUUUUACCAUUACCGACUUCCACCGAUCGGAUUCUCCCUUCUAUUGUGCAGGCCCCCAAGUUAGAAUUGAAGAAGCUUCCAGAGAAUUUGAAGUACGUUUAUUUGGGUGAAAAGGAGACCUUACCAGUCAUCAUCUCAAAGGAACUAACAAAGGUACAAGAAGAUGGGUAUUCGGGAUAUUACCAAAUAGUGGUAGCACCAGAAGACCAAGAGAAAACAACUUUUACCUGUCCGUUCGGUACUUUUGCUUAUCGUCGUAUGCCCUUUGGAUUGUGUGAUGCCCUUGGAACAUUUCAACGUUAUAUGAUGAGUAUCUUUUCUGACAUGAUAGAAAACUGCAUAGAAGUGUUCAUGGAUGAUUUUACAGUCUAUGGUGAUUCUUUUGAUCGUUGUUUAGCUAACUUGUCCAAGGUCUUGCACCGAUCGAAAAUUGUUGUGUUUACUGAUCAUGCUACACUUAAGUUCUUAUUGGCCAAGAAAGAGUCCAAACCUCGAUUAAUUCCACAUUGUCAUUCAUAUGCAUGUGGUGGGCAUUUUGGGCCCAAGAGAACAGCUAGGAAAAUUAUGGAUAGUGGAUUCUAUUGGGAAACGUUGUUCCGUGAUGCACAUGGAUUUUGUAAGGGUUGUGAAAGGUGUCAAAGAGUCGGGAAUAUAUCUCGUAGGAACGAGAUGCCUCAAGUGCCCAUGCUAUUUUGUGAAGUUUUCGACGUUUGGGGCAUGGAUUUCAUGGGACCUUUUCCUAGUUCAUUUGGUUUCAACUACAUUUUGCUUGCCGUUGAUUAUGUCUCUAAAUGGGUUGAAGCAAAAGCUACUCGGACUAACGAUGCUAAAGUUGUUGUAGGAUUCUUGAAGUCUAACAUCUUUAGCAGGUUUGGAAUUCCACGAGCCAUCAUAAGCGAUCAAGGAACCCACUUUUGCAAUCGCUCCGUCGAAGCAUUGAUGAAGAAGUAUGGAGUCCAUCACCGUGUAGCCACCACGUACCAUCCUCAAUCCAAUGGCCAAGCCGAGGUGUCCAACCGGGAAGUUAAGAGCAUUUUAGAGAAGACGGUCAACCCAUCAAGGAAGGAUUGGAGUUUGAGAUUGGAUGAUGCGCUUUGGGCCUACAGAACUGCGUAUAAAACUCCAAUAGGUAUGUCACCGUACCGUUUGAUUUUUGGGAAGCUUUGUCAUUUACCGGUUGAAAUUGAGCACAGAGCCUUUUGGGCGGUCAAACAAUGCAAUAUGGAUUUGAGGCGUUCCGGUGAGGAAAGAAAAUUCCAGUUGCAAGAACUGGAGGAAAUACGCCUUGAGGCAUACGACAAUGCAGCCAUGUAUAAGGAACGCGCUAAAUUGCUUCAUGACAAGGUACUCCUUCGGAAGGAUUUCUCCAUUGGCCAAAAGGUAUUACUCUUUGAUUCAAGAUUGAAACUCAUGCCCGGUAAGUUACGUUCCCGGUGGAAAGGUCCUUUUGUGGUUUAUAAUGUGUUAUCUAAUGGGGUUAUUGAAAUUCAAAACUUGGAGACGAACCAAAUUUUCAAGGUGAAUAGACAUCGAUUGAAACCUUUUGUUGAGAAUUUUGCAGUGUCUCUAUUGGAAGAAAUGCGUUUAUCGCACCCCAUCUACAUGGAUUAG